AUGGCACAAUCUAAGUAGAAAAAUGUGAAUUUUGCAUAGGAUUUAAGAGAUUAAACACUGCUUAAGCUGCAAAAACUCAUAAUGUGGUUCAGCAAUGUUAUAUUUAUUUAAGAAGAAAGAAAAACUUAUGGAUAUUCGAAAGUAACAUAACUAUAUAAAUUAGAAUUACAGAUCAGAAUGUAGAUUGUAUUUAUUUAUUAAAAAAUAAAGUAUUAAAUUAAAUUUGAGCAUUACUGAAUAUGUGUAAAUUUGAUGAUUCUAUUUUAGUGGAUUAAGAAAUAUGA